AUGAAGACACUCCUGUUUGGGCUCCUGCUUGGCCUGGCAUACGUGGAGUUGGCCCAGUCCUUACGAUGUUACACGUGCAAGGAACCAACGGAUAUUUCUCAGUGCAGAACAGCCACCCUGUGCCCCCCAAAAGCCACCGUGUGCACAACAACUCUGCAUUCCGUAGACUCAGGUUACCCCUUUUUCGGCAACAUCACUGUGACCAGAAGCUGUGAGGAGGAAUGCAUGUCCAGUAGUGGGAUAGGGGCGUCCAGACCCAAGUCAUGCUGCUACACUGACCUCUGCACCGAUGACACCAAGAGCAGCAGUGGGGUGAUAAGCAGUUCUGCAGUGCUGGGUCUGAUGGCCAUGGUUGUCGGCAAGCUCCUCCAGUGA